AUGGCAGCCAAUGGAGACAGCUGUGAAAAGCCUCAAAGACGUACAGCAUCUAAAGAAAAACAGAAUGGCAACUCCACAGACUCAACAAUAAGAGAGAGGCGGCAGAGAGAUAAGGAGGAACGCCUGUCUCUUGUGUUAUGGAGGAGGCCCAUUACCACACUCCAUUACUUCCUCUUAGAGACCUUAAUCAAGCUAAAGGAGUGGACAAUUAAGCUUUGGCAACGCCGGGGCAUUGUGUUCUUAGUUUUAGUGUUAUGUAGUCUCUUCUCCGCUGCCUACUCCAUAGAGGGAUCACAUCAAAAAUAUGUCCAGUACCUAGAGAAGAGGUUCCUCUGGUGUGCGUACUGGGUAGGUCUAGGAAUUCUGUCCUCUGUUGGCCUUGGGACUGGUCUGCACACCUUCCUUCUCUAUCUGGGCCCUCAUAUAGCAUCAGUGACGCUGGCAGCGUAUGAGUGCAGCUCAACAGAUUUCCCAGAGCCUCCGUACCCAGACCAGAUUGUGUGUCCUCAACUUGCAGGGUCUGAGGGAAGUAUCUCCCUCUUCUCCAUCAUGUCGAAGGUCCGCCUGGAGGCAUUCAUGUGGGGUGCAGGCACUGCCAUCGGAGAGCUGCCUCCAUAUUUCAUGGCCAGAGCAGCACGUCAGUCUGGGGCUGAUCCUGAAGAUGAAGAAUAUGAGGAGUUUGAGGAGAUGCUGGAGCAGGCUGAGAGUGCACAGGAUUUUGUCACCAGAGCAAAAAUGGGAGUCCAACACAUGGUGCAGAAAGUGGGAUUCUUUGGGAUCUUGGCUUGUGCUUCGAUACCAAAUCCACUUUUUGACUUAGCGGGAAUCACCUGCGGCCACUUCUUGGUUCCUUUUUGGACCUUCUUUGGGGCAACUCUCAUCGGGAAAGCCAUCAUCAAGAUGCACAUACAGAAGCUGUUUGUUAUCAUCACCUUCAGCAAGCACAUCGUGGAGCAAAUGGUGUCUCUCAUUGGGUCUAUACCCAAAGUAGGACCAUCACUCCAGAAGCCCUUCAGCCAUUACCUGGAAGCACAAAGGAACAAGCUGCAUCAUGGUGAAGGAAAGAAAUCAUCGGAUGAGAACUGGCUGUCCUGGCUGUUCGAGAAGCUGGUGCUGGUCAUGGUCUGCUAUUUUGUCAUCUCCAUCGUCAACUCGAUGGCUCAGAGUUACGCCAAGCGGCUGCAACAGCAAAGGCACUUGGUGGAGAAGACCAAGUGAUGACAGGCGAAGCGGUACAAACAUCCAAGAAGUGACUGCGCAUUUGCGGCUGCAGCUUAGCCCGUGUCCUCUCAUGACUUGCAGACAAACCUCACCCUUCACCUCCAUGCUCAGAAGCUGAGCGCUCCAAAGCAGACUGUCCUUGGUAUGUGUGUGUCUGUUUUUAAACAUCUCUCUCCACCAUUUUUGUUUUGUCUCAUCUCACUUAGUGUGUGCAGAGCGCCUGGUUAUCCUGCUAAUUUAAUGGUCUUACUUUCUGAUGAUUCCAUACUUUGACCUCACAAGUGAAGCAGCGGUUUGGUGGUGUCUUCUGUGCACAGGCACUGCCUAUCUGAUGCGAUGCCUUAUGCAAAGAUGGGAAAGUCUCAACUUCCCUUGAAACUAGAUCUUGACUUUUUAUUUAAUUUUGUAAUGUCUUUUAUUUGUUUGGACAGUGUGCUGACAGGAUAACUGGUUCUAGAUGCUUUCUUUGCAGGGUUGGGAUAUCCUCAUGAUUUUGACUUGUUAGACAAUACUUUAUUUGCUCCUGGACUUGUCAGUCUCCUCCACCCCUCCAAAAAAAAAGGAGGAAGGAAAAGCAAUAUCAAUGUAAAAUGUCGUUGAUAGUUUGCACAUUGUGUCGAUAUCUUAAUCAUGAACAUUAUGCAUAGAUGUAUUUCUAGUCUAACAGUAUGUGGUGAGGAGUCACCUUGAAUCCAACAAUGUUAUAUCAUUUGUAGUGACACUUUAAGGCAACUAGUCCCAUUUCUAAUUCUAUGCUAUUAGGUUGGACCCUGGAUUGGAUCAUAUAUAAACACGUCAAUAAUGA